AUGUCAUGUUCUCAAGCACGACCCUCAUCAUCACGAGGGAUUCAACUCCUUUCCAAUCCCAAGUAUGAAGUGUUUCCGGUGCUCAUGCAAAUAUUAUCUCAUUUGGAACCAGUGGCUAAUUAUGCCUUGUUCGGAUCGAAUAAAAGACGACGAUCCGAUGCAUCAUCUUUGAAACAACAAGAAGAAGUUGUGGAUACGACAAUUCAUACUCGAUCGCCCUUUUUUCAAGCCUUUGAUCAAUUACUGGAAUAUAUUUGGAAGAGUCAUGAUGAUCCUCAAGAUCCAUCAGAACAGCAAUUAAUGGAAAGAUUUGUACAAACGUUGAAGGAGGCUUGCGAUUCUCUCACUGACAAUCCUGACAUAAUGGAAUUGUAUACAUUGAUUGUAUCCUUAUUGAUGUUUGGACAUCAUGAAUUGGAAAACGAAUUUUGUGGAGAAAUCACUACCACUUUGGGAGUAUGUCCUGUUUGUACUUUUUCAAAACAUCCUUGUGUGGAGAAAGUUCCAAAGUUGCAAGCGUCCACUCAAUUGUGGAAGAACUUUGAGACAACUGGAAUUAUGGAUUUUGUUGUGACUGAGAGCAUUGAUGAAUAUAGCUGUCAAGUGUGCAGCACAGUAUACAAUGUUCUAAAAAGUGACUUUGUUUCAAAACCACCUGAAAUAUUGGUGUUACAAUUAGAUAGAUUUAAUUUCAAUUUUGAAACAUUUACUGUCCAAAAAUCUCAUACACUGUUCCCAUUGAAUGUAAAAGCUCCUUUAUCUUUAAGAUAUUAUGGACAACAAGGAGCAUUAAUACAACAGUAUGAUUUAGUUGCUAUAGCAAAUCAUGAAGGACAGGGAGUGAAUGGAGUUUAUUCAUGCUGCUUCUGGAAUACUGCAUCACAUAAAUGGUAUACGUGCCACGGAAAUCAACUUCCAAUCCCCUUCACUCAGAAUCUUGAAUACCUAAUAUCUCCUGCAAAUUAUUUGCUCUUUUUUACUAAGAAACAAGCGCAAGAAAAAACAUCCUUUUUACGACAAUUUGGAAAUACUGACAUUAGUUUUACAUUUUCUGAAUAA